CUCCUGCCUCUGCCUCCUGAGUGCUGGGAUUAAAGGCGUGCACCACCACCGCCCAGCUGAAAACAUAGAUUUCUGACCAAUUAUAAAUAGACAUACAAACACUUUUAAAACUAACUCAUUGGUUUUAAUGUGUUUUUUUUUUGCCAUUGUUUUUAGUCUCUUUGAGAGAACAACAAUUAUCAACCCCUCUAAGUUGACUAUACCAUUAAAUGUAGGUGGGAAAAUUACCAAAAAUAUCUUUAAGACACAUGAUUGUGCACACACACUUUCAUAAGUACAGAGUCAUAAAUAUAAUUCACACAGAAGCAUAUAAAUAUAAAUAUAUGUAGGCAAAUAAAGAAAAUACAUAUAUAGAUAGACAUACCUAUCCAUCAUCAAAAUGUCAUACUUUAAUACUUAAAUGUUAGGUAUUUAAAUAUAAUACAAAAUGAAUUCUUCAUCUUCAUCCAAGUUCUGACACAUACUUGCUGAGUGAUGUGUGGCCUUUUUUCCUGCCUUCCCAACCUGUAACAUAGGAGUAUCCAUAGCACUUACCUUUCAGGAUUCUUGGAGAAUUUGUAUAAUGGAACACUUUGCAUUGUUCUUAGAAUAUCAUGCAUUCAGUUGGCACUGCCAUUAUUUUUUUGUUUUAAAGAUACAAACUGUUUAGCUGUAUAGGAUUAGAUUUUUAUAUUGAAUUUUCAUUUUGUCAUAGACAUUUUAUAUUUGUAAAUAUGCCAAUAAAGAUUAGUUUACUAGCAAAAAUAGACUACAAUCAUGAACAAGGUCAUUCCUGAUUUUCUCAGAAAUGGUAAGAAUUAGCUGUUGUCCUUGGCAAAGAGACUGCAGAUUUGUUUCCUGGUAUUGCUGCUAUUGGUAUAUAUACAAUUAAACCGCAUCGUUCCAUGCCAGUGAAUCUUCAUUGUCCCAUCUGUAAAUAUUAUUUUCCUUUCUACAGGACCUGAGAAGAUUGAGAUAGCUCACGAUGCAAAAUGGAGAAAGGGCUUCAUGGACGGUGUGCAUUUGCCACCUAGUGACCAAAGUGAGGUUUCCAGUGGUGCCAGUAUCAAGGUCUUCCAACAUCUCCAGGUCUUCCAGCAACUGCAAGUCUUCCAACAAUAUCAAGGUCUUCCAGACAAUCCUGAACUUCCAGAAAAUGCAUGUCUUCCAGACAAUCCAUGUCGUCCAACAACCUCCAAGUCUUCCAGCAAAUCCAGUCUUCCAUAAAAUCCAGACCUUCCAAGAAAAUCCAUGUCUUCCAGAAGAAUCCACAUCUUCCAGAAGAAUCCACGUUUUCCAGUACAAUCUAUGUCUUCCAGAAAAAUGUCUUCCACAAAAUACAAGUCUUCCCAUCAAUCCAAGUCUUCCAGAAAAAAAUCCCACGUCUUCCAGCCAGUCCACGUCUUCCAGGAAAAUCAGUGUCUUCCAGUCAAUCCAGGUCUUCCAGAAAAAUCCAGGUCUUCCAGAUAAUCUAUGUCUUCCACCAGUUGAAGUCUUCCAGAAACUCAAGUCUUCCACUAAAUCCAGGUCUUCCAAUAGAUCCAUGUCUUCCAAUAACCUCCAGGUCUUCCAGCCAAGGUAGGUCUUCCUGAAGAUGUAUGUCUUCCUGAAGAUCGAUGUCUUCCAGAAACUUCUCAGUCUUCCACAUAUUCAUGUCUUCCAAAUAAUCUUGGUCUUCCAGAUAAUUCAGAUCUUCCUGAAAAUCCAUGUCUUCCAGAAAAUUUAUGUCUUCCCAAUAUCUGUCUUCCAGUAAUCUUCUGGUCUUUCAUCAAUCUACAUCUUCCAGAAAAUCCAUGUCUUCCAUCAAAUCCACAGCUUCCAGGAAGUCCAUGUCUUCCAAGUAAUCCAUGUCUUCCCAAAUUUCUAUGUCUUCCCAAAAAUCCAGGUCUUCCCCAAAAUCCAAGUCUUCUCAAAAUCCAGGUCUUCCCAAAAAUCGAUGUCUUUCCAAAAAUCUACAUCUUCCUGAAAAUCCAUGUCUUCCUGGAAAUCCAUGUCUUCCCAGAAAUCCAAGUCUUCCCAAAAAAUUCAGGUUUUCCUGGAAAUCCACGUCUUCCUGAAAGUUUAUGUCUUCCUAAAAAUCCACGUCUUCCUGAAAAUCCAUGUCUUCCCGGAAAUCCAAGUCUUCCCAAAAAAACCAGGUCUUCCUGGAAAUCCAUGUCUUCCCGAAAAUAUACGUCUUCCUGAAAAUCCAUGUCUUCCCAAAAAAUCCAGGUCUUCCUAGAAAUCCACAUCUUCCUGAAAAGCUAUGUCUUCCUGAAAAUCCAUGUCUUCCUGAAAAUCCAUGUCUUCCUGGAAAUCCACAUCUUCCUGGAAAAUCCAAGUCUUCCCAAAAAAUUCAGGUCUUCCUGAAAAUCCAUGUCUUCCUGAAUAUCUAUGUCUUCCGGAAAAUCCACGUCUUCCUGGAAAUCCAUGUCUUCCUGGAAAUCCAUGUCUUCCUGGAAAUCCAAGUCUUCCCAAAAAACCUAGGUCUUCCUAGAAAUCCAUGUCUUCCUGGAAAUCCACUUCUUCAUGGAAAUUCAUGUCUUCCUGGAAAAUCCAAGUCUUCCCAAAAAAUCCAGGUCUUCCUGGAAAUCCACGUCUUCCUGAAUUUCUACAUCAUCCGGAAAUUCCAUGUCUUCCUGGAAAUCGAUGUCUUCCUGGAAUCCACGUCUUCCUGGAAAUCCAAGUCUUCCCAAAAAAUCCAGGUCUCCCUAGAAAUCAAUGUCUUCCUGGAAAUCUACGUCUUCCUGAAAAUCCACGUCUUCCUGGAAAUCCAUGUCUUCCUGGAAAUCCAUAUCUUCCUGGAAAUCCAUGUCUUCCCGGAAAUCCAAGUCUUCCCAAAAAUCCAGAUCAUCCUGAAUAUCCAGGUCUUCCC